UAAUACGGUUUGACUGGAAUUUUGAAUUCGUGGAUUAAAUUGCAAAAAAAAAGAAUUACUAUAUUGAAUUUUUUUUUCAAAAAACAUUUAAACGAAUUUAACCGAAACGGAGUCUAUAAAGGUGAACCUAAAACCCAAAAAACAAAUCUUACAUAAAUUAUGUAUAUCAAUUUUGAGGAUUUUUCUUACAAAUUAAUAUUAACCAAAUAAAUAUUAAACAAAAUAUUUAACUUUACAAUAAUAAAAAUCAUCAAAAACAACAAACCUGAUUACAUAAAACUAUAUUAAAAAUCUAAAAUAAAUAACUGCACGGGCUUAACUCUAGUUCGUAUAUAUAUUUGGAACACCAAGACAUCUGAACACACACAACAAACCCUAAUAUUUUAGAUUCUCUACAGAUUAAUAUGCAACCAGCUUUGUCCCAUCAAACACCACCGCCAUCUCCGGCCAUGACGUCACCCUCACCGUCUUCAUCCACCGUCUCCAGUAAAAGGUUCGUUACUCUCAAGCAAUUCUUACAAAAUAUUAUUCAGUUGUAUUGGAUUUGAGAAGCGUGAUUAAGUUUUUAAAUCUUUUCAACGAAACCAACGUAUUUGUAUUCUUCAAAAAGAGAAAGAGUGUUUAUGUGUGUUUCUUAUUGUAUUCCCGUUUUAGUCUAUGACCUUGAAGUAUAUUACAGCUUUCGCUUUGAGAGGACUUUGAUAAAGUCACAAACUUUUAUAUAAUCUGAAUUUUAUUGUUUUGUAGAUCAAAAACUAAGAGAGAAGAGGCAUUGAAACCGAGUUUCGCUGAUCUUCCAUCAAGUCUUAUGGAAAUAAUAAUGUCUCGUCUUGUAUUAAAAGAUAACAUUUGUGCAUCUGCUGCUUGCAAGUCAUGGCUUGAUGCUGGAGUCUUUGUUCGUGUAGUGGAAAAGCAUCCUUGGCUUUUUUACAUGUCUAGACGUGGACACUCACUUAAACUCGUCGAUCCAUUCCAAUGGAAGUCGUACACUCUAGAACUGCCAGAGAUAGCUAAAUCAACUGUGUGUUACUCAAGAGAAGGCUGGUUACUUAUGCAUAGAUCCAACUCAAAGGACAUCUUCUUCUUCAGCCCUUUUUCUCGGGAGCUAAUAAGUUUGCCUAAGUUUGCGUUUCCUUUUAAUGAGAUUGCAUUCUCUUAUCCUCCUACAUCGGAUAACUGUGUUGUGGUAGCUUUAAACUUUAACGUGCAGCAUCGUGUCACUACUAUCAGCACUUGCCAUCCUGGAGCAACUGAGUGGAUUGCUAGUGUCUUCCCUGCUAACUAUCAACAGUUUUCUAUGAAGACCAAGAUUGUCUAUCACAAUGAUCGAUUUUAUUGCUUUAACGUGGGAAUAGAGAGGUUGUUUUCCUUUCACCCAUCUUCCCGUACGUGGAAGUCGUAUCCUCAUGCAAAUUUAGAUCCUACUCUGACACAAGAUUGGUACAAGAAAGAACAUUUUUUGGCAGAGACUAAAGGAGAGCUGUUUCUCAUGUUAACAAACUUAAAUGAGGAACCAAUGGUCUAUAAACUAGUUUCUUGGAGCUGGAAAAAGAUGAGUCCUAGUGAGCUUGAUGGCUUGACAUUCUUUGUCAGUUUUUAUAACUCUGAGUUAGGAACUAAUCUCCCAUGGGUGAGGAACAACGUAUGUUUCUCAAGGUUUGGUUACAAUCGCAGGCAUGUAUCCUACUCGUUCGACCAAAGCAGGUACAAUCCGUCUAUUGAAUGGAACAACGAGUUAGAUCUUUGUCCUCCUCAGAGCCUCUGGAUCAAUCCGCCCAAUAACGUUUUAGACUAUUUGUGAGAGCUUGCGUGUAAGAUUUACUAGUUUUUUUGUUUCAAUUUCUAAGUAAUUGUAGGCCUGGGAGAUUCCUAAUGUAAGAAUGCUUUUAGAUAUUAAACUUGUUUCAUCUUAAACAGACGAGGUUUGUGGACAAAUUGGCUAUAG